AUGCCAGUCUCCCAGCCGAUGGGAAGGGCCCCUCCUUCGAGAUCAGCAGCACGGUGGCCCAGAACCCUGCGCUGGCUCAGGGGCUCCUGCGCGGGGAGAUGUCCUGCCCUGCAACAAGGACAGGGCGGCAUACCACCCGCUCAAGACGGAAAAGGACUGGACGAAGUGCUACAAGCAGGCCAUGCUCGAGGAGAGCCAGAGGACACCACUACCACUUCUACCACGGAGGCACCGACAGAGACGUCGACAGUGACCCUUACGGAGACAACAAUAACCCUUACGGAGACGACAAUGACCCUUACUGAGACAUCAGCCACAGGCACAAGUACCAAGCUUCCGCCAGUCGAGGAGGUCCCAGGGCUGAUCUCUGUUGUGCUGAAGGUUCGUGAAAGCUGCGCGCAGUACGGCGGCGUCCUCCACCAGGACAACGUCAGCUGCUGCGCGGCGGCGUGCGGGGACCGCUGCGGCGCGCCCGACUGCGAGAAGUGGGGCCCCGGCUGCUGCGGGAGCUUCGAUCCCCGUCUUGCCGUGCAGCGGCUCCCACAAGGCGCCCUGCACCUUGACCACGGCCUUGGAGGACGCAGAGAGCAGCGCGCCGAAGGAGAGCGGCGAGGCGGAGACCACCGAGGAGCUCCCGCCGCCACCACGGGCGAGGACGCCGAGGCGGCGGACGCCCCGACGAACCGGUCUUGGCGGUGCCACCAGUACGAGGGAGACCAAGACAUCGAGUGGUGCAAGGUCGGCCCCGUGGACGACCAUUUCGAGUACAAGUUCUUCGGUAUUGCACCGAGU